UCAUCUCUUGCCAAGCUUUCAGCUCAUCUUCUCCAACUCUGAUUUCGAGUCUGUUUGCGAUCACUGCAGGGUUAGUGUUCCAAAUCCCUUCAUUUCAAUCUAUCUGAGUUUCUGUUUUCGGUUUCCUGUUCCAGAAGUACUCUAGGCGCCUCCCGUGUUAGGGACGGGAACAGUAUGGGAGGUGACGGUGCCGUUGACGACGCGACGGGAUCAAAGGGCACUGACGAAGUGAACAUCAACAUUCGUUGCUCCAAUGGGUCUAAGUUUCUGGUUCAGAUUAAUCUUGAAUCCACCGUCAGAUCAUUCAAGGAAGCUAUCGCUCAUAAGUGCGAUAUCCCAUCCGAUCAACAGCGGCUGAUCCAUAAAGGUCGAAUCUUGAAGGACGAUCAAACCCUGCAAAGCUACGGUUUGGAGGCUGAUCGCAUUGUUCAUCUGGUUCGUGGAUUUGCAUCUGGUGCAACGACUAAUACCACUGGCGGGACCAAUGGCACUCCAAAUAGUACAAGUGGUCCCAGUGCUAAUGAAGGUUGGGGUUUAGGCGCGUCUGGUCUUGGAGCCUCAUUAUUUCCUGGACAAGGCCUCAAUGGGACCAGAGUCAGUGGCAUGAAUGGCUUGUUUGGAUCAGGCCUUUCUAACCCUGAACAAAUGCAACAACUAGUUAUUUUAAAUCCCAAUUUGAUGAGAGACCUAAUGAGCACACCUGCUAUGCAGAGUCUGAUAAAUAAUCCUGACACUGUGCGGAAUCUUAUAAUGAGUAAUCCGCAGAUGCGAGAGAUCAUGGAUCGAAACCCUGAGCUAGCGCACAUACUUAAUGAUCCCAGCACUCUCCGCCAGACUCUUGAAGCUGCAAGAAACCCUGAGAUCAUGCGUGAAAUGAUGAGAAAUACAGACAGAGCAAUGAGCAACAUUGAAUCUUCACCUGAAGGAUUUAACAUGCUGAGGCGUAUGUAUGCAAAUGUUCAGGAGCCAUUCUUAAAUGCCACUAUGAUGGCAGGUGCUGGAAAUGACAUCUCUAAUCCGUUUGCAGCACUGUCUGGAACUCAAGGUGGCCAAGCCAGCAAUCGAUCAACUAAUUUCUCAAGUACUAGUUCUGAAGCAAUUGCUGGUUCCCCCUCUCCCAAUACUAGUCCACUCCCUAAUCCUUGGACCUCUACUAGAGCUGGAGGUACCCAAAAUAACACGACAAGGUCAACUAGUGGAGGGAAUGCUCAGGCACCCACUACCUUGGGACUUGAUCUGCCAGAACCUGAAGGUUUGGCGGGUACUGUACUGGAUUCCAGUUUGUUCGCCCAGUUAGUGCAGAGUCCAAAUAUUUCACGAAUGAUGCAAAGUAUCGUUUCCAACCCACAGGCUGUGAAUCAGAUACUUGGUGUCAAUGCCGAGCAGUGUGGCAUGCCUGAUUUAACCCCUCAUCUUAGACAAAUGAUGCAAAACCCAGAGUUCCUUCGCUUGAUGUCUUCACCAGAGACAUUUCAGCAUCUCUUGACUUUUCAGCAAGCGCUUUUGUCUCAGCAAGGUCAGCAACAAUCAACACAGGAAUCAGGUCAAACUGGCAGAGGUACCGGCGUGCAAGCCACUCUGAAUUCUCCGGCAGGGGGAAUGAACAGCCUGUGGUUGGAGACGUUGUCAAACGUGUUUGGUGGACUUGGAACUGAUUGGGUUGCUCUCUCACCGACUUGUCUGUCUCGUCAGAGCCACCAGAGCAAUUGUAUGCAGCCCAGCUUUCGCAACUCCAGGAAAUGGGUUUCUCUGAUACGCAGGAAAACAUAAGGGCCCUUAUUGCCACUUCAGGCAAUGUUCAUGCAGCGAUUGAACGGCUUUUGGGGAACUCAGGCCAGUAGCAGAUAUGUCAUACAAGUUGCGUUUCAUGGACUGCUGAGAGUGGCCACUAUUGGGCAUAAACAAACGACAAAUCUAUCCAAAUUGUAAUGGUCAGAGCUGAGACGUUGGUGUAGGUUCUGGACUGCAAUCUGUCCUCGGUCCUCCCACCUUGAUGAGGCCCUAUUUUCUUAAUGUACAUACUUAUAUUCAAAGUGUCACAGGUUUUAUCAAUUCUCUCAGUUAAACUCAUCAAAUUUAAUUAGAGUUUUUCUUUUCUUUUUCUA